AUGAAGUUUACGAUCGGUCUUUCUGUUCUCGCUGUCUUUGUCACUGCUGCCCUUGCGAAUAUCGUUCCUCGGGACUUUGCGACGCUGCAAAAUGAUGCCAAUGUCGUCAACAAGGAUUGUCUUGCCCUGAAGGGCGCUAUCGAGCAGCUGAAGGCACCAGUUAGUGCGCCUGUUUUGCUUAGCCUCAUUACUAGUUCCAACAACUUGAGCGCUGCACUUAACGCUCUUGCAAACGACGCGAAGAUCGCUGGCCUAAUCACUGACGCGCAGGCGCUCGCCUUGCUCUCAAUCAGCGAAAAUUCCAUUGAUAACUGCAUAAUUCCCGCUCUCAACGAGCUUUCUGCUAAUGCUGUACUUCUUGCUGCGGUCAAGACUGAGGUCGAAGCAGAACUUAAAAAGCUGCAAGCCAGUUAUCUCGCAUGCGCUUCUAACCUGAUCGCUAUUUGUCCCUCUGCUGAAAAGCCUGAGGCUUCCCAACUCGCCAUCAAGCCCAACGCCGCUCUUGCAACGUGUUUGAAGGCGUACGCCUGA